UUUGUGUGUGUGAAGGGAAAAUCUAUCUAUUGAAGGCUGCUCCACCACCUCCACUCAAAGCGACAGAAAUAGAUCUCUCUCUCCUUUGAGGGCUAGCAAGGACACAUAUUUCCCUCUCAUUGGGCUUCUUUUAUGGAGCGUGCUUCCCUAAAGUGCACACGCUUACGGUCUGCUCGGACUCACGUGCACGUGAACUCCACUGGCACAUGGAUCCAGGCACAACCGCGCGCUCUGACGUUUACACACAAGUGAUAAAUGCACCUUGUGAUGGUGGCUGGAAAAGACUAUUCUAGAAAUCCUUGGAUCAAGGAAUCAGACCCCCCAUCAUGAACGGGCCCAUGCACCCGCGCCCCCUGGUGGCGCUGCUGGAUGGCAGAGACUGCACAGUGGAGAUGCCCAUCCUAAAAGAUGUAGCAACGGUGGCCUUCUGUGACGCCCAGUCCACACAGGAGAUCCACGAGAAGGUCCUUAAUGAAGCUGUAGGGGCUCUGAUGUAUCACACCAUCACUCUGAUGAGGGAAGACUUGGAGAAGUUUAAAGCGCUGCGCAUCAUCGUUCGCAUCGGCAGUGGCUACGACAACAUAGACAUCAAAUCUGCCGGAGAGCUCGGCAUAGCUGUAUGUAACAUGCCGGCAGCAUCAGUGGAGGAGACAGCAGACUCCACGCUCUGUCACAUCCUCACCCUGUACAGACGCACCACCUGGCUGCACCAGGCUCUGCGGGAAGGAACGCGAGUUCAGAGCGUUGAGCAGAUCCGAGAGGUGGCAUCAGGAGCGGCGAGGAUCAGAGGAGAGACGCUGGGACUCAUCGGGCUUGGCCGGGUAGGCCAGGCUGUAGCCCUGCGAGCGAAGGCUUUUGGCUUCAACGUCAUUUUCUACGACCCGUACUUGGCCGACGGCGUAGAACGAUCUCUGGGACUCCAACGGGUCACCACACUGCAGGACCUUCUCUUCCACUCUGACUGCGUCUCUCUGCACUGUAGCCUAAACGAGCACAACCACCACCUGAUCAACGAUUUCACCAUCAAACAGAUGCGGCAGGGGGCGUUCCUGGUGAACACAGCCAGGGGGGGUCUGGUGGAUGAGAAGGCCCUGGCUCAGGCUCUGAAGGAGGGGAGGAUACGGGGGGCCGCCCUGGAUGUUCAUGAAACAGAACCUUUCAGCUUCAGUCAGGGUCCCCUAAAGGACGCUCCCAACCUGAUCUGCACGCCACACGCAGCCUGGUACAGUGAGCAGGCAUCUCUGGAGAUGAGGGAGGAGGCAGCAAGGGAAAUCCGAAGAGCUGUGACAGGUCGUAUCCCAGACAGUCUAAAGAACUGUGUGAAUAAGGAGUUCCUCACACCCAACAACCAGUGGGCAGUCGACCCAGCUGCAGUCCACCCUGAGCUGAACGGGGCCUAUAGGUAUCCACCAGGUGUGGUGAGCUUGCCAGCCGGUGGCCUUCCUCCACCGGUCGAAGGCAUCGUACCAAGCGCUGUUCCGAUCACGCACACCCUCCCGCCCGCUGUCGCACACCCACCUCAUGCACCAUCGCCUGGACAAAACACGGUGAAACCACCAGAGGGCGAUAGAGAGCAGCAUCCAAGUGACCAACUGUAGCCCACAGGCUUGUUUACCCAGCAGGUUCAGGUUGGAUUCACAUCUCCAUGGCAACAGCUUCCCACCAAACAGGUCACACUUCAUAGGUGGAGAAGAAGACAAUAAUGAGUAAAAGGAACGGAUAACUGACAGAUGCUUUAAUCCACAAAUAGGACAGUUUUCCUCUAACCCUGUUGCUCAUCUUUUUACAUUCUUUGACGGAAGUGAAAGAAAAAAAAACAAAAAAAGCAAUUAUUUUAAAUGAUGUGUCCUUUCCUUGGUUACAUGUGAAAGCAGUUCAUAGGUUUUAAACUGAAUGUAACCUGUUUGUGUACAGAUUCUAGAUCUUACUGAUAUUUCAGUCUGAACAAGAACUGGUGUGAGAAUACAAUUUCUGCUUUUACAUUUAUUUUCCCUAAUUUAGCAAGGCCCCCCAAAAAGAGGAAGCUUUUUGCACACCAUCUCAGGAACCUAUGUUUCCGCAGUUGGUACCCUAGUUUGUUUUAUAACAUUUUUUUCUUUUCUGAAUAGUUUUUAUGCCACUCAGUGCUUUUGUUUUUCUACCUGCUUGCCUUCUCGUGUCCCGUUGCAUUAGAAAAGAACGACUUUUGCCAGAUAUAAAGUUGAUCUGGUCUUUGCUUCUGUUGGUUUCGCUAAGGAGCAUGUCAAUUUGCUCUGGGGACUUGUGUAAAUGUUCGACCUAACUAAAUGUGUAGUGGGAAGAAGGGUUUGUAGAGGUGGAAAAAAUGGCAUAGUUGUUUUGGACCACUUUAUUCUGAUGUGUGAUUUUAAUUUUCGGGGUAAGAAGGCCACACAAUAAGGAAGUUCUCUACAGUUUAAAACAGUCCUGUGCGAAAAUACUGCAUCCUACCUGUGUGAUUUACAAAUCCUUGCAGCAUUCAGUUAGAUAUUGCAGCAGUUGUUGCUCCGGUUCUGACCAUCCUUAUUGCUUUAAUCCAACAUUCCACUCUGCAACUAAAACUACAUUAUAUUAGUGACCUGUGCAGGCUAGGCUGAGGGAUCAGGUAAGGGGGAAGUUGACUGAUUAGCAUUCAAAUACAAGGAGCACAAGUCUGCAAAGGAAGAAGGAAGGAAGACCAGCAGCUGGACAUGAUUGAGAACAAGAAAUCCACAACCAGCACUAAAGAGCCGAGCACAAUGAGACACUGGGUCCAGUUUCCUGAGAUUAGGCUCAGAUGAAUUCAUUAACAACCAGUCAUCAUAGGAAGGAAGGAGUCUUACUGAGAUUAGUGUAAACUCUGACUUGGUGAGAAAAACGUGUCCUGUUUGUGUAUCUGAUCACAGAGAUGUUCUUAUCCUAUAUUAUCAUCCCAGUUUUGGCCCCAUAUGUCUCUGCCCUGCAAUAGACUGGUGACCUGUCCAGGGUGUGCCCCGCCUUAUGCUCAUAGACUGCUGGAAAUAGGCCACACCUCUACCGUGACCCUGACAGACGGUUGGAAGAAGAUGGAUGGAAUUUGUUUCCAUAAGAAGUUUGAAUUGUGGAGGGCGGGAUUAAUCUCAUCACAUCAGUAAUAAUUCUGUACUAACAGAUAAAACGGCUAUUAAAGAAAGCUUCCCCCCAUCUGAGGAACUUUAUGCUCACAAACAACACCCUCAGAUGCCCCCUCUAGCUAUCUGUCCUAAAUACAUUAUGAAUAAAAUCUGGUUCUUUUUCUUUAGUUUUGGGUUGCCAUCUCCCUUGAAUUGUAGAUAAGUAUUUUAUAAUGGAGGAACUAUUUUAGAUGAGGAAGAAUCUGGCUUCUUUGCUUGCUUUCCUCCAUAGAGCUCUGCUGCUGUAAUACCCAUACCAAUUUGACAUAUUGUGUUUAAGAUGGUGCCGUUACAGACCAGACAACAUCCUCCAUAUAUGGAAGUGCUUCCUGUUUCAGAGGGCACAUCAACAAGGGUUAUUUAUGUGUCUGUUUUUUUUUGUUUUUUUUUUUACCUUAGUUUUGUGCUUUAAAAAAAACUUACAAUGCCCGUCUUUUCAAUCAUUUGUAUGUUAGUAUUUUCAGGGUUCCUGGCUCUAAAAUCUGAUGAUAGUUUGCACUUUAAGUUGGUAACUCCAGCCUAUAAAAACAGUUAAACUUCCAACUUUCCCCAAAAAGAUAUCAGAGUUUUAUUUGGCUGCACAGUUCUAUCCUCUUGAGAAGAAAUGUGUGCUACUUUCCCCAUACAGUAUGAGCACAGAGAAGUAAAGGCAUUUUUUUCUCCAGGGAAUCCUGGUAUCCCUUUAACACUUCAAGCCGGGUCCUUCCCAAAUGUACCAUUUAAGCAUCCUCUGUGACCCUGUGUUUAUGUGUAAAUAUGGUGUUCUGCUUGCCUGUGUCAAUGUGACUUGGUUGUAUCUGUGUCUAAAAAGAAGCGCUGGUAGGUGGGGGGGCUAGAUCAAUGGCUGCCCUCUAAAUUUAAAGUUGGACUGUGAAAUAAAAUGUGGUUAGAAAUGUUACUCAACAUUUGAUGCCGUAAAAGGCAUCAUUCAUCGUAAUCAAAGCAGGAUGCAAAAGCUGUUAACUCCAGUUAAUCUGUAAUCUGGCCAGUAAUCUCUAGAUCCCCUCCUACCGGCGGCUGAGUAGUAAUAACAGUUUACUUUUGCCUACCUGGUCGUCUUUAUGGUGAGGUAGUACGCGUAGCAAUCAGGGAUGGACAUUUCUUUCGCCACUGCUAAGCCUUUUACAGCCAAGAUCUGUGUCUGCAGAAACUGGAGGUCCUGAGGUCAUAUCCUGAACGCUGACCUCCACCAAACACCCGUCAUUCUAGUUCUUCCUGACACAAGCUGAAAACAUUCCUCCUUCCAGCCAGUUUCCAGUUUAGGGAGUUUGAAAUUCCAUCCCUGGUAGUAACAUACAGUCUACUGUUGCCUCUCCUUUAUGGUAAAGUAGUAGGCGUAGCAAUAUACAGUAUACAUAUUCUAUAUUCUACAGUAAAUAUCAUUAUUUUUGGUUAAAUGAUGACAACAUGAAAAGAUAUGUUUGUGACUGUAUGCAUUUGUAUGAAUUAUUUUAAAAGGAAAUAAACUGUGGAAAGGUGA